GAGCUACAGUCCCCGCAGGAAGCCACGCGAAACGUGCGUGAUGCGCCUGCAGGACAGGGAUGAUGAGGUGGGAGGACUUGAUACGGCUCCGGCUCUGAAGUCUCGUCUCGACAGCAUCCAUCGUGUCGAUGUCUCGACAUGAAGACAUAUUCAUCACAUCCAUACUGGCUGCAUGAUCUCUAGGUGCAGCUUUGGCGAUACCACAUAUUCACUUGUGAGCAAGACGGCGUGUUUGCAGGCUGUCCAAGUAUGGCGACAACAGCAGCCACUGGCACAGUCAGUACUGCAGUGCCCCACAAGAAGAAGAACAGACCGAAUCCAGCGAGACGUAAAGCGAGCCAUGUCAAAGGUCUGGAUGUGAAGGCCACCAGCGAUGAUCAGCCAACGAGCAACAGUGUACCGCCGACCAAGACAGCUAUAUCCUCGCAGCAGCUUCCCAGCACAACGACAGUACAGUCACGCGCUCCGACAGUAGCGUCAAAGCCAGCUGCGAAGAAGCCGAGACUAAAGCAGACCCCAAAGACGACACCGGAUGUAAAGAGCAGCACUGUAACGUCAAAACCACCCAUCUCGCCGACCCCAUCCACCACUCCAGCAGUCAUCACAACCAGCGGUCUCAUCGGAUGCGCCGCCAGCGCCUUUACCUUGCUAGGCGCCGGUCUCUGGGGCGAAAUCGCCGGUCCUUCCGCCGCGAUACUCAGCGUCCGCACUGCCAAACUUUGCUUCGACAAUUUUUCCGACGAGCUCAUCGCCCAUCUGCACGCCGGCACGUACAACGCUCCUGAAGCGCUGGACAUACUUCGUCGCACGACAUUGGCGUAUGCGAGCGCGAUUCCUGGUGGAGCUGGAUUCGUGGAGCGAAUGUUCCGUGAGGUUGAGAUGGUGAGGGUGCUGCGGAGGCUUGAGGUCGAUCGGGUGGUUGCGGAGGCGUGCAGGGAGUUGGCAAGGGCAGAGAAAGGGGGUGCGUCAGAGGGAGGGGUGGGAGCGGUGGUUGGACGGCAAUUGGUGAGGUUGUCGGAGGUUGCGGGCGGAGCUACGAGGGAUGUGCUGGAGAGGAAUCCGGCGUUGAUGAAGGACCUUCGGGCAACUAUUCGCGCUGCGCCAGAGCGAAAGGUGCCGACGGUGAAGUAUGCUGGAGCAAGGUCUGCAGCAGUCUGA